AUGCUGGAUCUGACGAAUCCGGAUUCGGAUGCUUCAGAAAAUGGCAACAGCAAGUACGCAGACUCUUCAGAUGGUCAGGGAGUUGGCACUAGUCGAAAACCUGAAGUCGAUAAGUUCACCUUGGAAGAAAGACGAAAAGACUUGGCAGAUUUAGCAAUUUGGUUAAGUGGUCUGAACGGAACUAAACUAGCGUUAGAUGACCCACACAGUCUGUGUAAUGGUCGAGCGUUUGCAGAACUUCUUCACGUAAUCGACGAUAGUUUUUUCGACGAAAGAUGGCUUGAGACAAUGCCGGGAAUGCGAACGACAUCAAAUCUUGUUGUAAAACGAAGUAACAUUCGUAAACUUUGGCGCAAAAUAUCGGAUUAUUAUUCAAUGCUCGGGCGGAAUAUUGGUCAACGUUGGUACGAAAUUGGAGAGCGUGUUGAUAAUAUAGAAGAAACCGAUAUUCCUGUGGCUGUUGACCUUGCAAUGGCUGUCGUUGCGAUAGCUCUGAUUGGAACGAGAAAAGAAAAAUGGAUUUCGUAUUCUCAAGAGUUCGCUAAAACGUAUAGAAACGAAAUGACUAACGUAGCUCGAAUGGUUGAAAUUGUUGUUAAAGAAAUGCCGGAGCUCUCAGACAAUGUCACAUUUCACGAAAUUUCUGAUCUACAUGAUUCUCAGAACGAAUUAAAUUGCUCUCAGCCUGAGUCUUCCGUGGUUUCCAAUAAGAAUGGAUUUGGAGAGAGACGAAGAUCAUCGUCAAACAACGAUCAAGUACUCGUUGAAGCUCAACAAGAAAUAGAUUCAUUACGUAGUGAAAAAGAUAGUUUACUGAAAGAAGUUGAACGAUUAACAAAAGCUUCAGACAAUGCUCAAUUCGAUGACUCCAUCAGUUCAGCCGUCACUAUUCUCGAAAAACAGAAUGAAGAGCUUCGUAUUAAACGCCGGCAAAUGGAAGAAAAAACACUGGAGCUGGAGGCUGCUUUGGAACAUUUCCAAUCGACAGUUAAAAAGUUAACUGAAGAAAAUGACACACUCCAAAGUAGCCAAAAGGAGUUCAACAUGCUCCGAAGUCAUCUCGAUUCCGCUCAAUCCGAUGUGGAGGAAUGGAGAGCGAAAGCCAAUCAAUAUCAAACAGAUGCGGAACUAGGGAAAAAGCGAGAAAAAGAGGUUAAAGAACUUCAAGGACAAGUGAGUUCUCUAACAUCGCGACUCGCGCAUCUCAUAAAAACUGCCACGGAAGACGAAGACAAUAAAGCAGGAAUAAUGCAAUUGCGAAGUCAACUUGGAACGAUAACUGCAAAUAAUGUUGAAUUGAACGUCGCUUUAGAAUCUAAACAACGAAUUGUGGAGCAACUCGAAAUUCAGUUAAUUCAAUACAAAGAGAAAGUGAAAGAGUUAGAAGAUAGAAAAGAAGAUUUGAUUGCUGAACGAAACGAACUUGAAAAUCAACUUCAUUUCAAAGAUCAAGUGACUCCUCGUUCUCUUCAUGAAUCAAUGUUCGAAGCUGGCAAUUUAUCUUUUGAACCUUUCAGUGAGAAAUCUAAAUUACCCUUGGAAAUUGAAAACAAACGACUAGCCGAACGUAUUCAUGAGCUUGAAGCCCUCGAACCUCUCAAGGGAGAAAUCAUAACGAUGAGAAGUCAAAAUGGACUUCUCGAGGAGCAAAAGUUAGUUAUUAAGAAGCAAAUGGAGGAACUUGAACGACAAGUUGCUGAACUUCAAGAAAAGUUGGCAUUGAACCAAAAAAAUGCAAGUGGGGAUUCCGUUGAGCUGAGGAUACAAUUAGAGAAAGCUAACGUUGAAGUGGAGAGAAUGAAAGAAGCUGAAAUGCGUGCGGAGACUAAGCUCGCCGAUGUUAAAGAACUUCUCCAAAAACGAAAUGCCGAAUAUGAAGCGAAUGAAAAAGCACUUGAACGAGCUAAAUCGGUGAUAGAUGAAAUGGAAGACCGUUGUCGACCUGUUGGUGAAGACAGCAUAACAUCAGUUCAAGCUUUCAAAGAAAUGAAAGAAGAAAAUGAACGACUUCGCCAGAAAGUGGAGAAGUAUGAGAUUGAUUUAAACACAACCACCCAAAGUUACGAACAAGAGAAUCGUUUGAUAACAAGUGCCGCCUAUCAGCAGGUAUUGGACCGAUCAUCAGAUGCCGUGAUGAGUAUGAGAGCUCAAGGUGGAACCGAUGCACCGAGGACAAUGUUAGAUGCUCAAAAGGCGAACAGUGCUCUUCCAUGGAGCUUCUUCGUACUCAUACUUCUCUGCUUCAUGGGUUGGUGCCUCAUAAAUAUGUUCAGUGCGAUAAAUGCUCCUCCAAUAGCAUAG